AUGUCCAACUCUGACGCUGGAACUGACACUGGGUUUCAACUUAGAAGCAAGGACGAGGUCGAAUGCAACGAUGUCGUGAAAUACGAUGACACGGGCACCUUGGCCGGGGCUAAGUACCAUCGGUGGGAGCUGGGGUCGGUGCGGGAGGACGACGCGCUGUAUAUAACCGAGUUGCUGCCGGGCCCGGCGUCGACACACAACAUUGAGCAGAUCCGCGCCGCGCUCACGCGGGCGCCCAGCGAGAACAUCUUCCCCCAGCUGCCCAUCCCGUGGUUCUUCGAGCGGACGGGCGUGACGGUGCACGACUCGUACGACACGGAGCCCGACCCGGCCGUCUACUACCUGAAGCGCCCGUGGCUGGCCGGCUACGACGCCGAGCGCGCCGCCGCCGUCAACAGGCCCGACCAGGUCGCCAUAUGGUUCGCCCACGAGAUCAAGGCCCUGGAGCAUCUCGCGCGCUGCGACCCGCACCCCAACAUCGUGCGCUACCACGGCUGCCGCAUGCGUCGCGGCCGCGUCACGGGCAUCAUGCUCGGCCGCGUGCCCGGCGACACUAUCCAGAACCACCUCAAAGCCGGCAAGAAGAUUAAGAACCGAAGGGCCUUCUUCAAGGCCCUGACCUCGGCCGUCACCUACCUGCACGACGUCGUCAGCCUCGCCCACAACGACAUCCAGCCCACCAACGUCAUGGUCAGCCCCGACGGGACUACUCCGACGCUCAUCGACUUCAACUCCGCCUUGCCGGAUGGCGAAGAGAUGAUGCUCUGCUCAAUGUGCGUUCUUUUCCUUUUCGGUUCACCAAAGAAGAAAGAAAACUAG